GUGAAUACGCCUACUUACGCAUCAGCUCGAGCUCGCCUGCAAAGCUGGGCCAAACCCUCCUAUUUGGCAACCUCGUGCGCGUCAAAAUGCAUAGCAGCCUUCUAUCUCGCCGCGUCUGCCCAUCUUCGAUCCCAUCUAGGCAAAGCACUCUUUCUGUGCCAGCGCUAAAAGCAACAUCUGCGCGGCGAUGGAGCGUGCGGGCGCGCGCUGAGCCAGAGGAGAAGCCCGACGGCAGCUUCGAGUCGCUGUUUUCCAAGGAGCUGGCUCGGAGAGGCCUCAACUCCAUGGACGAGCCCGGCAAGCCGGGGGAGAGCGCUGGCAGCACAGGCGCGCCCUCAACCUCGGCGAGCAGCACCACCCCCGGCAGCAGCACCAGCAACACGGGCGGCCCCGCCGCGGGUCCCGCGCAGGGCACGAACCCCUUCGCCAGCAGCAGCACCACCACCACGCGCACGCGUGCUCGCGCGCCGCCGCCGCCCAUGGCGGGCGCGGGCGCGGGCGCGGGGGCUGCGGGUGGCGACGACCAGCGGCAGCGGUCCAUGGACAUGGUGACCGAGGGGCUUGAGGGCCUCCCUGGGCGCGCCAAGCUGCUGCUACAGCUGGGCGGAAGCGUGUUUCUGGGCUUCCUGCCCUUCAUGCUGGCGUUCUCGCUCCUGUUCACUGGCGUGUUCUUCGUGUUUGGCGACAACUUCCUGCACGGCGGCCGCCCCGCCGUCUCGCCGCCGCGCUAUAUCGACCCCGAGGCGCUGCUGAGCGAGCCCACGGUGGACCCCUACGUCCCCUAUAACUCCAACCCCUACACCGCGCCUGAGCUCAAGUAAGGUGGAGCUACGGGCAGGCGGUUGGCCGGGGGCACUGGCGGCAGGGCUGUUUAAGGCAACAUGAACGAGGCCAAACGGCGGCUUACGGUUGACAUGUGACGUGUGCACGUGUGCUUGGGUUGGGCCGCAUUUUGCACGCAUGUUGCACACGCGACUGCAGGUGAAACAGGAAAGAGGGACAGAGAUUGUGAUUGGCCCAUGUUGUCGAUUGAUUGGCCAUUUGGCCACUGUUUAAGGUUUGUGCAGGGUAGUCAUCAACACUAGCACGGUAUCGUGCCGCGCGGUAAAGCGAGUGUUGAUAAGUGCUGACGCUUAUGAGGGAUGCCGACUGGCCUUCGUACCAAGCAAUCCCUGCAUCGUACAGUACCGGUAUGAUUGCUUGGGGCCGUGAUUUUCUUUGCGACCAAAAGUGUACGAUGAUCUGCAUUACAACAUUACGGCCUCGCAAAGAGGAUACAAGUUUUGUGCACCAACUCACAUCAAACUGUGUGCAGGCUCAGAGCAUCUUUCUAGUGAUUGAAGAAGACCCCGUUUGUGGAGGAGUGUAACUCACGGCUCAGGCAUUCCUUGUGCCCUACGCCUGCAGCACAACGCACCACCUCUUCUCCUAGCAGCCCCAUCUACGCUCCCCGCGUCCGGUGCUACGGCUACGUGCCCCAAGCGCACACGCAAGCUAGUCUGGCCUGCUGCGGGCACACCUGCUAUAGCAAACACCGUCAGUUUCAAACAAGCAGCAUAUUUCUUCUGAUCUGGUCCGGACCUGCACAGCGCGCUUGCUGUUAUCGGCCUCGGCAACCACGUUGGUCGCGCUGGCGACACGGCACCCUGCGGCAGCCCUCGCCAGCUGGUUCUUGCACGCACGCGCGCCCACACGCGCCGCUUUUCCCUCGGGAUCCCCACACCUGGUCACGUCCAAGAUGACUUCUCAUCUGAAUUGCAGUGCUCACAGCCUACCAGCAAUCAGCAUUGCUUCCUACAGUGCUAACAGAACGCCACUUUGUCCAAGCACCCAAGCAUCGUACAUCAUUGCCCACUUUAAACACCCAGUGCUACCCCUCAAGUCGUUAGAGGCGCAGGCGCGGGAUGCGCGACUGCUUGGAGGCGCUGGGGCUGACCAGUGCCGAGGCCGCGCCCGCGGGCAGGAUGCUGGCCGCGGCCUGUGAAACACAAAAGCCCAGGACACGUG